AUGGCGGACAGUCUCCCCACAGAAUUCGAUGUGAUCAUAAUAGGGACAGGUCUGCCUGAAUCCAUCCUUGCAGCUGCGUGUUCAAGAAGUGGUCAGAGGGUUCUGCAUCUCGAUUCAAGAAGCUACUAUGGAGGAAACUGGGCAAGUUUCAACUUUUCAGGAUUGCUCUCCUGGUUGAAGGAGUACCAGCAAAAGAGUGAUGUUGCAGAAGAAAGUACUGCCUCGUGGCAAGGCCUGAUUCAUGAAACAGAAGAAGCCAUCACUCUGCGCAAGACGGAUGAAACCAUUCAACACACAGAAGUUUUUUGUUACGCCAAUCAGGAUAUGGAUGACAAAAUUCAAGAGACUGAUGCUCUGCAGAAAAAUCCUUCCUCACUGACAUCUAGUACUCUCACUAAACCUCUGGAUUCUGCAUGCUUGUCUGAAGAAACACACUCAUAUGUCACUAGCUACGAAAUGCCUGCCAAAGACAUUCCAAAAAAUGAUGGAGAGAUUUCACUAGAAGUAAGUGGUGUAGAGGGCACCUUGGCAGAAGAAAAAUAUUGUGGAGAUGAAACUUGUAGACACACAGUUUCAGGUGGAGAUACAGAUGAAAACAAACCUAUAGAGGAAGACAACACUGAUCAACUAAAGAGAAAGAGGAUUACUUACUCUCAAAUAGUUAAAGAAAGCAGGAGGUUUAAUAUUGAUUUGGUAUCAAAGCUCCUGUAUUCUCAAGGGUUGCUGAUUGAUCUUUUAAUCAAAUCAAAUGUUAGUCGUUAUGCAGAAUUUAAAAAUGUCACUAGGAUUCUUGCAUUUCGAGAAGGAAAAGUAGAACAGGUGCCUUGUUCCAGAGCAGAUGUCUUCAAUAGCAAAGAACUCACUAUGGUUGAAAAGAGGAUACUAAUGAAAUUUCUUACAUUUUGUUUAGACUAUGAACAACAUCCUGACCAAUACCAAGCUUUCAUGCAAUGCUCAUUUUCAGAGUACUUAAAAACUAAAAAAUUAACCCCCAACCUCCAGCAUUUUGUACUGCACUCCAUUGCAAUGACAGAAUCAUCUUGCACUACAAUAGAUGGCCUUAAAGCAACAAAAAACUUCCUUCAGUGUCUUGGACGGUUUGGCAACACUCCCUUUUUAUUUCCCUUAUAUGGCCAAGGAGAAAUUCCCCAGUGUUUCUGCAGGAUGUGUGCAGUUUUUGGUGGAAUCUAUUGUCUUCGCCAUAAAGUUCAAUGCCUUGUAGUUGACAAAGAAUCUGGAAGAUGUAAAGCAAUUAUAGAUCACUUAGGUCAAAGAAUAAAUGCUAAAUAUUUUAUUGUGGAGGAUAGUUACCUUUCUGAGAAAACAUGCUCAAAUAUACAGUAUAAGCAGAUCUCCAGGGCAGUGCUCAUUACAGAUCAAUCUAUACUAAAGACAGAUUCAGAUCAGCAAAUUUCCAUUUUGAUAGUGCCUCCAGCGGACUCAGGAACAUGUGCCGUUCGUGUCACUGAAUUAUGUUCUUCAACCAUGACAUGCAUGAAAGACACUUAUCUGGUACAUCUGACCUGUUCCUCCUCUAAAACAGCAAGAGAAGACUUAGAGUCAGUAGUAAAGAAACUAUUCACUCCAUAUACUGAAGCAGCAAUAAAUGAGGAGGAACUUACAAAGCCAAGACUCUUGUGGGCUCUUUAUUUUAAUAUGAGAGAUUCCUCCGGAGUCAGCAGAAGCUCAUAUAAUGGCUUACCGUCCAAUGUUUAUGUCUGCUCUGGGCCUGACUGUGGACUGGGAAAUGAGCAUGCGGUCAAGCAAGCUGAAACACUGUUCCGGGAGAUCUUUCCAAGUGAAGAAUUCUGUCCCCCACCUCCAAAUCCAGAAGACAUUAUCUUUGAUGGUGAUGAUAAACAACCAGAGGUUUCUGGAACCAAUAACAUAAUCAUGGCCAAACUAGACUCCUCUGAGGGAAGCAAAAACCUAGAAAGCCCAGGGAAACAUCUUGAAAACUAG